GAACUGCCCACUCGAGUCGUAGACUUGGGGAUUGCGCCAGUCGGUGUUGAGUCUCACCCAGACAGUGUCCGAGUUCUAUGCCCUCAAGGUAUGCGAGCUGAAUACAUCGCCCUGAGCCAUUGCUGGGGCGGCAUGAUCAAGACGGUGUUGAGAAAGAGCCUCUUGGCUGAGUUCCAGAAGGCCAUUCUCACUUCAUCCCUGCCGCGCAAUUUUCGAGAUGCAAUCGCCAUCACCCGGAAACUUGGCAUCAGAUACCUAUGGAUUGACUCUCCUUGCAUCAUUCAAGAUUCAAGGAGCGACUGGGACAAGGAAUCUAAAACAAUGGGCCAUGUUUAUCGGGACUCCUUUCUAACCAUAUCCGCCAUGGCCGCUGAAGGGAGCGAAGGUGGCAUUCUUGGCCCAUGGCCAACGUUCGACUUCCCAAAGCCAACAACCUUGCGUGUUUUUCGCCGUGGCGAUGAAAACAAUGCUGUUGUGAGACUGCAUCUGGAUCAUUGUGUGAAUUUCCCAAGUUGGUCUCGGGAGACGGUGCAGUCUCCCCUCAACUCUCGCGGCUGGGUCCUACAGGAAAAGAUUCUCUCGCCUCGCAAUCUCUAUUUCGGGUCCAAAAUGAUAUAUUGGAAAUGUUCCGAGGUGCUGCAGAGCUCUGACGGUGCCCCUAUGCUCAAAGGGUACCCCUCCCACGUUGAGCAGUACCAUGCCAUUAACGCCAUCGUCCACCCAAACAUGCAGCAUAAACCCCCUGCAGACAACCUGAGGUCACUUCUCAAUGACUACUACAGUGUUGUAGGGGAAUACACCAGCCGCAAACUGACUGUGGCCUCUGAUAAGCUGCCGGCCAUUGCUGGAAUAUCUUCCAUCCUCGCGCCCAAACUAGGCCAAUACCUCGCUGGGCUGUGGUACCAAGAUAUUCACUCUGGAUUGCUGUGGUCAACGGCCGGCGGACCAUUAUCGAAAACAUCUCGUACGCCAUCAUGGUCAUGGACGUCGAAAGACGGGCGGGUUUCAUUUCCGGGCGCUGAGUCGGAUUCCCGAUACGAUCUUGACGAAUGGAAGCUCCAGAUACUGGAAUACAACGUCAGCUUGAGAAACCCAGUCAUCCCUUUCGGAGAAGUGACCGGAGGGCAAAUCAUCAUUCAGGGGUGGACAAUGCCGCUCGUUGGGAGGAAAGACGUCGUU